GAUAUAUCUAUCGUCGCAUACAGAAAUUCUUCAGGAUUGACAAAGCAUCACAAUUUUACAACUUCACCGUAUCGUAGCAACUCAGCCGUUCUGCCCCCUCGUCUUCUGUCAUCUAUAUUAUUAUUAUUAUUAUUAUUAUUAUUAUUAUUAUUAUUAUUAUUAUUAUUAUUAUUAUUAUUAUUAUUAUUAUUUAAUUAAUUAAUUAAUUAAUUAAUUGAUUACCUACCAGCUCAUUUUUACCAUCUGAUUUCAAUAUCGCAUCAUAGUUUAUCUAUAUAUUUAGACGUACCUUGCGGCCAACUAACCUACAUACAUACAUACAUACAUACAUACAUACAUACAUACACACACACACACCCACACAUACACACUUGUAAUAAUAUACAUAUAUAUAUCCCAUCCAGAUAUAUUUAUAUCUAUAUCUAUAUCUAUACCUACCACCCUACCUACCUACCUACCACCUACCUACCUACCUACCAACCUACCUACCUACAUACAUACAUACAUACAUACAUACAUACAUACAUACAUACAUACAUAUAGACAUACGCAAGUGUAUGCAUGUAUAUACAUUUAUGUGUACGUUGUGAAGAACGACAAGAAAUAUUUGAUGAUGGAAUGACACAAUACUAGAAACCAAGUCAAAUUUAUUAUAUACAGAAACUAACCGUGAUUUCUCCAAUUUCAAAUUCUACCUACCUCCCAACAUUUAUACAUUAAUACAUAUAUUAAUAUAUACAUAUAGGGAGAGAAAAAUUGCUUUUCCUCACUCGAGAAGUAGAGAGAAGUAAAGAAACCACCAGGCAAGACACCAAAGUUGAUAUAAUAGCAGUUGAUGAUGCUCAAUCCCGCUUCUCAUACCCACAUUUGAAAAUAGAGGUAUCAAAUCACUAAUUAUUAUUAUUAUUAUUAUUAUUAUUAUUAUUAUUAUUAUUAUUAUUAUUAUUAUUAUUAUUAUUAUUAUUAUUAUUGCUGCUGUCGCUGCUGCUGUUGUUGUUUAACAUAGCACCUUUCGAUAGGGGAUGUAGCUGUCCACAACCAGUGGAUUAAAGUAACACGCUUCAUUCAGAUCUUGAGAACUUUGCGACGAAUUCGUCGCCAUUGGAGCGAAGGGAAUUUCCGUCUAAGCCAGAAAUUAUUAUUAUUAUUAUUAUUAUUAUUAUUAUUAUUAUUAUUAUUAUUAUUAUUAUUGAUUGUUAAAUAUUAAUAUUGUCUCUAUCAUUAUAAUCAAUAACCGCAACAAGAACAAGAACACUAGCAUCUCUAUCGUCGCUUAUUUUAAGGCGGUCGGGUCUGGUCCUGUUGUGUUCUGUCGUAUCCUGUCCCGUCCUGUCCAAUUCAAUCCGUUCCGUUCCGUUGGAAAAUGAACAAUAGCUGCGUCCAACUUUCACCAGACGGCAACAAAACAACGACGACAGCGCAGCCUUUGGCGAUAAAAGCAAAUCUGAACGACACGUUCCCGCCGGCGACGCAAUCAGCUUUUCUUCCCCAGUGGGAUACGGAUUUGAAAAACGGGAUGACGAUGGCUGACGAGAAGACGGAAAUGAAAAAGGAGAACAAAUCAUUUGGAAAAUUAUGGCUGGAAUUCACAGAUAAUUGCACUUUACAUGGGAUUAGAUAUAUCUGGAACGGUGACUUUAUCUUUCGACGACUUCUGUGGUUGUUGUUAGUGCUACUCUGCUUGGGCUUAAUGUCUUACCAAAUCAUUGACCGUAUAAUCUACUACUACAGCUGGCCGGUCACUGUGAACGUCGACAUCAACUACAACAAGACAUUAAUCUUCCCCUCUGUAACAAUAUGUAAUCAAAAUGCUUUCCGAGCGACAAAAGCCGCAGAACUUCAACGGUAUCGGUUACUGGAAUAUAUUUACAAUAACGUGAGAUAUGUAGACUCAUCAGAACUGGAGAGAUUUGGCUAUAACAACAUAACAAUGGAGGAGCUGUUCAAAUCUGUUGCACACCAGAAAGAAGAUAUGAUUAUAUCGUGUAUGUGGGGAUCAGAACCAUGUAGUUUCAAGAACUUUAAACAAACUUAUACGGACCACGGCGUAUGUUACACUUACAGCCAACUACAAGCCGGAAACAAAUACCGGAAGGCACUUUCGACAGCUACUCCCAACCACCCUUGUAUAAUAUGGGGUAGCCACAUAUCUUCUCUUUAG